GAAGAGAACACCAAUUCCCAUCAUGCAAAUUCACUUUUUCCCUCGAAAUUGUCCCGUCUGCCGUAUCACGAAAUGGGAAAAUGAGAGCAGCGAAAGGAGUAACCAGGCAGAUGAAAUUGAACAUAAGUUAACGUGCACAUAGACACAUUAAAUAUGGAACAGUACCGCAGUUGUAUUACGACGGUUCGUUAUGACAUAGAAGUUGUACGGUGUUCUGUCUUUCUUCGUUUUUGUUGUUAGCCACAUGGACGUUGAACUAGCUGGCUAACGUUAGCCACCUCCCUGUCGCGAGCAGCGCCGGGGUGGAUAUCUUCGUUUAGGCUUCAGCUCAUCACCGUACUGCAGUAUGUUACAGUGGCUAAAAAGAGGGCCAGGGCUCGGUUAUAGCAUUUGAGCGUUACCGCUGUGCAAAAACAGCGUCGGUUCAAACCAUUGGUCAAAAAUGCACAACCCUUUGCAAGCUAUAAUUAAUUCCAUAUUCUAUGCAAGUUAGCCAGCCAGCUUAGUCAGUAGUUAAUAUGAUGGUGCAGUACAGAAAUUAAUUGCAAGUAACGUUUCAUUGCCCGUGGUACAGUGCUGCCGUUGUAUUCCCGAAAAGUUUCCAACUUGGGGAUCAUACAAGGCAGCAUGGAGCGAAGAGACACCAUGGAGCGAGGAGACACCAUGGAGCGAGGAGACACCAUGGAGCGAGCUGGCAGCAUCCAACUGGACAUCCCUGACUUCAGCAACUCUGUGCUGUCCCACCUGAACCAGCUGCGUAUGCAGGGGCGGCUGUGCGACAUUGUGGUGAACGUGCAGGGCCAGAGCUUUCGUGCUCACAAGGUGGUGCUGGCUGCCAGUUCCCCUUACUUUCGAGACCACAUGUCACUGAGCCAGAUGAGCACCGUAUCCCUGUCAGUCAUCCGCAAUCCCUCUGUGUUCGAGCAGCUCCUCUCCUUCUGCUACACCGGGAGGCUGUGCAUGCAGCUGGCGGACAUCAUCAGCUACCUGACAGCUGCCAGCUUCCUGCAGAUGCAGCACAUCAUCGACCGCUGCACCCAGAUCCUGGAGGGCAUCCAUCUGAAGAUCAGCCUGGCGGAUGUGGAGGAGGAACUGGGGGCUGGAGUGAGGCACAGGGGGGCUGGGAGCUUGGAGGCCAGAAGAGGAGGAGGGGGGUUAGGAACAUCAGGGGGCUCGCGCUCCCUUAGCCCGCGCCACAGCAGCCCCAGGGUUCUGGGCCUUCGAGGAAGCAGUGCUGGAGGGGCCUUGGAUAUCCGGGAGGUGGGAAGCCCAGCGGGGGAGUCCAUGAGCCCCCAGAUGGUGGAGCACAGCGGGCUGGGCCCAGAGGGGCUGGCUAGGGGGGUAGUGGGCAGCAGGCUGGGGAAGGAGCCCAUACUGCGCAUCAAUCGGGCUGGCCAGUGGUACGUGGAGGCCGAGUCAGAGAGAGGGAGUGGUGGUGAAGAGGGGGAGUCAGUGCGGGUGGUGGACGGGUUGAGGAUAAAGACUGAGAGGUUGGAGGAGUGGAUGGGGGCCGAUACCCAGGAGGAAGGGAGCGGGGCGGAGGAGGGAGCAGCCAUGAUGAUCGACACGUCCGGGCGCAGCUCAUUGGUGCAGGAGGGUAUUGUCACGGGGGCCAAAAGCUCUCAGCCCUCCAGCAGCUUCAGUGAGACAGAGAGGUUUAGUCCUACUGGCAGUGUGGUGGUGAUGGCCGAGAGACAGAGAGCCAAAAGUGAGUCACCCAGCAGAGCGGACAACCAGCGCCACACCAGCUCACAGGGGGAGGAGCAGGCCGUGUUCGACAUGGGUGGUUACGAGGAGUACCUGCGUGAGCAGGUGGGUGACCGCUGGUUCCGCUACAACCCUCGGCUCACCUGCAUCUACUGCUGCAAGUCCUUCAACCAGAAGGGCAGCCUGGACCGCCACAUGCGGCUGCACAUGGGCAUCACACCUUUCGUUUGUCGCAUCUGCGGCAAGAAGUACACCCGCAAGGACCAGCUGGAGUACCACAUUCGCAAGCACACAGGAAACAAGCCCUUCCAUUGCCACGUCUGCGGCAAAAGCUUCCCCUUCCAGGCCAUCCUCAACCAGCACUUCCGCAAGAACCACCCGGGCUGCGCCCCUCAGGAGGUGGCCCACAGUGCCUCCCCAGAGACCACCACCGUCUCCUCACGCGGGGGCCAGAACGAGGAGGAGUCGCCCAGCCAGGAGGAGCCAGAGGGGGGUAGCAAUGGAGGAGGGGCCUCUUUUGGAGAGGGUGCCCAGGCCUCGGUCUCCACCACUGGGCCUGAUUGACUCAGUGGACCAUGGAGGGAGAUGGUUGGGGUAUGGGAGAACAGGGUAUUUUUUUUUUUUUGGGGGGGCAGGCAGGCAGGCAAUUAAGCUGUCAAUUUGUGCUCUCCUGCCAGGCGAAGGAAAAAAUAUAUAUCUUGAAGUUGCUUCAAAGGAAAGGAUGAAAAGGGAGUAGGUGAUUUCAGAGGGUUUCAAGUCCAUCCAGGGUGUUAUUUUUAUAAGCAUUUUUCAAAUCCCUUCAACUAAACAGCAGGGACGGGAGUUCCAGAAUGAUGCAAAAGAGUAGUUUGAUAGGGCACUUUGUAUUAUAUAGUUAUUUAUAAGUGAUAUGUCCGCUUUAGACCACAUCUACCUUCAUAACACAAACUGAACAGAUAAAUCGAACACAUGAAGAAAUGCCACACUCUAAUAACUUCAUACAACACUGAAUGCCCAUAGUUUUUAUUUGACUGUCUAUUUUCCCAUGUUACAGUUUUAUACUUUUGUAUUACCGGUUUACAGGUUCAGAAUGCAGAAAAAUAACAGGCUGAACUGGUCACAGUUUGGUCAUAUUGUAUUAAUAUUGCCAAAACACUGUGCCAGUAUAAUAACUACAUAUAUACAUACUCUCCAUUUUUUUCCUUUUGCCUUGAGACAAUCUUGAGCAGUUGGGGGUCAAUGAUAGAUAAUCAGACUCUUCAUAUAUGCUCAUUUUAAGUGCCAGAAUGGCUUAAAAAAAUGCAAUUGCACAUGAAUAGUAGACAUGGCCCAGUGAACAUAAAAACUGUUAAUUUGGUAGUAAUAAGUGCAAUGAUGAAAAUAACACAACCUUCUUGACAGAUGUCAAGAAGACCGAAGGGUCUACAUGGCUAAAUGCUUUCGAAAGUGUAACAUAAUUUAAUCAGUACAACAAUUUUACAGAUGUAUUGUGAAAGAGGACUCUUGAUCUAUCUGUAAUUUGCCAGUUAAAACCUCAUAUCUCUACAUUCUUCAACUAGCUGCUGAAUGCAUACUUAUAUACAGGAAUGCAAAACACAGGAAACUCAAUGGUCUUCAACCUCAGAUAAGCUACAAUAAAACUCAGUUACCUCUCACACAUCACUACGCAAUACAGGUCUGCUCAAAGCAGAUUGGUCGAUACACUCAGCAGAAUUUACCGUAUGUAAUUGUUUUCUCAUUUUUCUAUGUUGUGGUUAACGUUAACUACUUUUUUUUAAUGAUUUUUUUUCAAGUGACAAGAUUUUUUCUCCCGCAUAGAUCUCAUGUCUUUCGGAACAUUUUUGUAUCUAGCUCUGACAAUGUAUCUGGAGGACGUAGAGACGAGACGAGAUUGUAAUGGGGGACACUCGUAUCCCUAUCGGGGGAGUCCUAAGGAGGAGCAGGAUGGGAGACUAAUAAGACCUUGCGGCUGUACUGUAGUACCACCCAAGAGAAAGCAGGAGGUCACUGACUGCCACGGAUGGCCUGUCACCAGAGGAUAGACACGCAGCCUGCGUGCUUGCUACAGUAGAAUGUGCUCCUUUGGCAAUCCAUAAGAGGCAUCCUGGCAACCAAUGGAAUUGAGAGGAUAAGCCAAGGAACUUAUCCCCCCCCCCUCACAUGGAGGCCAACAUUACUAUGCCAAGCACUUAAAGGAGGGGUUUGAAAGGAUAGCAUUUAAAAAUUAUGUAAAAGGUAUAUAUCGCAUAUGCAUAUUUAAACACAUUUGUUGCUAUAUAAGAGUAAAGAGAACCUAAACUUGCUAAGAUUUUGAACGCAGAUAUAAUGGUAGCAUAGUGGAUUGGCUGUUCUCUCUCUCUCUCCCCCCCCCUUUUGGUUUUACAGAGCUGUGAAUCAUUUGUGUUUGUGACAGGAGUUUUUAUGAAUGGGUGUAUGCAAGUGAAAAACAGCUACUGAUUUGUCCACUGGUUAUUUCAUAUCCGGAUUGAGAAUGCAUUACACAUCACCACAGUACACCUCAGUCUAGAUUCGUCAGACAAAAACAGGUCAACAUUUGUUACAACAAAUAUCAGGUAUUUUUGUUUACUGUUUUUAAGUUUACUCUCUUUGUAAGUUACGUUUAAUAUUAUGGAGUUUAAAAACAUGCUUGGGCUAACAAAAGUGAUAUCUUACAGCAAGCUUUAUUUAGCAAGUGUGCAAAGCUUAAAUAUACAUGUUUUAAUAACAUGAAUAAAAUAUUUUAUUGUGUAAAUGAAAAUGCCAUUAUGGGAGUAGCAAUGCAGCUAUUAUCUUACGUCGAAACUAGGGAUGCACAAAUGUGGAACUGAAACCGGUUGCUUUGGGCCCAAGCCGUUAGAGUUUUUAGGAACUCUGUUGGGGUCUCAACUUACAGUUUUGCAAUUUAGUUAGUUGAGCAUCAGCAGUUUUUUUCUCUUAUGUCAGUCAAUUAUUGAGCGUGCACGAAGGGCACAUGCCCAGGGGCUUCCCAUUAAUUUUGCCAGUCACUCUCCCUCAGAUAUCAUAUUAACGUGGCGUAAGUCAUGGCAAAAUCUGUAGAAUUGCAGGAAAUAUGGUGUAAAAAGGAAGAAGGAAAUCUCCACCCGAUGGCAAAAUGAGUGGAAUAGCAUUGAAAUUAAACAAAAUCGCAGUCUUCUCUCUGCACCAUGGCAAAAUGUGUAGAAUUGUAGCAAACUUGCUUUAAAACAGCAAUAUUUUCUCUGCGCCCAAUGGCAAAAACAAAAAUGUAUUGCAGGAAAUUCACUCAAAACAUAUAUUUUUUUCUCUAUGCCAUCAAGAGGGGUCCACUAAAAUAUUUUUCUCCUGUGAGGUGGGGGGGAGGCCUCCCAACAAAAUGUUGCUUUAGGCCCCCAAAAGGCUAGGGGGAAAUCUUGGUCAGUAACCAAUAUCAUUUUGUCCAUGAUGACUGAUAUAAUUUCUGUAUCAGCCAUCAUGGGAAAAAUGGUAUUACAGAAAUUGUGUCAACAACUAGCUAUUUAUCAAAAGGCCUUUUUAACAUAAUUGAUAAAAGACCAUUUUUUGUAAAGGUCCAAUAUAGUUUCACAUAGAGAACACCAAUCCCCGGGUGUUGGGAGUUGUACAAGGUGAACAGUGCACCAUGUCAUUUUAUUUUAGCUCAGAUUUAACACCAUAUAAUAUUGGUACAGAAUAUUGUUUUUUUCAGCCAUAUUUGUCUUACACUGAUGUGAAGUCAAAUAUGUUUCAAUUAGGGAUGCAUGAUAUAAGUAUUUUAAUACUCAAUAUUAUGUUUGCAGCAUGAAGAUUCUUAACAAUGAGAUGGCUUCAGCUAACAUUUUUUUAAAAAUGUGUCACGCUCACAGAUCAUGCCUCUAAGCCAGUGGUCACCAACCUUGGUCCUGGAGAGCUACAAGGUGUGCCGACUUCGAAUUAAAACAUUCCCGUGCGUACAUAGCAUUCCAAAGUAGAACUAAAGCGGAAUCAUUUGAAUUGACAGUUGAUUUUCAGAUACAUUAGAUUUCAAUCAUUUUAGAGAUUACAUUACAUUUACAAACCUUGAUGCCGGAAAACCUGGAAUCCAGAUAGGGAAAUGUUCCUGCAUUGUGUUUUAAAAAACGAUUUGAUUUUUAAACGAUUACUAUAUGAAAAAAGAACAAAACUCAAUGUUUGGUUUUACAAGAUUUUUUCCCCAGCAGGUACCAGGUUUGCCAGAUUUCAAUUUAGUUUGAAUAGUACUCCCAGGCCUUUUUGGGGAUUCGACCAAGAUUGAUUGUCAUGCUGUUUUCUUUGUCUAUUGCUCAUAAUUCAAAUAGCUUUUGUUACUUUUUUAAUAAGCUUUAACUGUGCAGAGGACAUGUGUAUUUGCAGUGUAAAUAUGAUUAUUGAACCCUUGUAUAUGUAUUGUUACUGCUGAAUGUGGAUCAAUGACAGGAACAAGCCAUCUCGUGUAGCCUCUCCAGUUUCAGCAAACAGAUCUAUGUCGUCUCCACUUACCUCGGUAUGUCGUGUGAAGAUUCUUACUAAGCUAGUGCGAGGGUGUCAAUAAUGCAUAUAUAGUUGAUUUAAGUACUGCUCUGGAAAGUUCUGUUUUGACCCAUCUAUCCAACUGUGAAAAACAACAUCUAGCUAAAAAUGUUAAGAUGUCAAAAUCAGGAAUCCAAACAUUUCAGUUACUUGAAUGAAUUGUCAAGCUGAGGCCCUUAUUUAGCAUCAAUGCAUGCCAUCUUUGUCAUAGGUUUUCAAUGCCAAACUUGGGAAAGUUUCUUUAUCAAUAUAUUUGCUCCAAAACAUGCCAAAUAAUGUUAUUAGGUGACAUUUAAUAUAUUCUACAUUUUGUGCUAUUAUGUCUUGGUCUUGCUGAUCCAUUGUCCUGAUUCAUUUUUUUUAAAUAUUUCUUUUUCUACAAUUGUCUUGUGUGAAAUGUCUAUACACAAAUGCAUACAUGCAGUAGAUCCAAUAUGAUUUUGACUGCAAAAUGCUUACUCCAACUAAUUAUUAGGCUAUGUAAUUAAUUGGCAAAAAUAUUUAAUACUUAAGGCAAAAUAUUAUUUGACGUAAAAAAUAUAUUCAUAAACAAAGAAUAUCUCAAAGGAAAUGGAAUAUAUUAAAUGACAAUAUUUUACAUUUUCACUGUCAAGAAAUGUACAAAACCAGCUGUGGUCUUGCAAGAUCUUGCAGGUUAUAUGUGAAGUUCCCUUUUUAUUUUAUUUUUUGCAUGGUCCUGUUCCUGAAAAUGAAAAAUGUCUUGAUUAUACUGUAAAGGGUAAUGCUUUGGGUUGGUGGUAUGAAGGGGGGUUUGGUUUAUCGCUUGGGGUCAUUUGUAAGGCCAAAGGUUGAUUUGUUAAUUGCUUUUGAUAAUGUGAAAAAGGGUUACUUCACAAUAACCACUAUAUCAUUUUCAUUAUUAAAGUUCAUUCUCUUCAAAGGAAAUAAAGCACUUUAAGUGUUA